GCAGCAGCAGCAGCAGCACAUCAGCAUUAGCAGGCUGUGGAGAAGUCUGUGAAAGAGGAAGAUGGCGCCUGCACCAGCAAACACGUUGGGCUACAAACCUCCUGAUGGUGGUUGGGGCUGGAUGGUUGUGAUCGGGGCCCACAUCUCCAUCGGGUUCGCCUACUCCACACCAAAAGUCCUGUCCAUCUUUUUCAAAGCAAUCCAGGAGGACCUGGGCGCCAGCUACAGUGAGAUAGCGUGGAUUUCCUCCAUCAUGCUGGCGGCCAUGUAUGCAGGAGGACCUGUGAGCAGCGUGCUGGUCGAUCGCUUCGGGAGUCGGCCGAUAGUGAUGCUGGGUGGACUGAUGUGUGGCGUCUCCAUGGUCAUCGCGUCGUUCGGGACGUCCAUCGCUUACAUCUACUUUUUCAUCGGCAUCAUCGGAGGUAGUGGACUCUGCUUGAACCUGAAUGCAUCCCUCACCAUCAUCAGCAAGUAUUUCCUGGUGCGGCGUCCUCUGGCCAACGGGCUGGCGAUGGCGGGGAGUCCCGUCUUCCUGUGCGUCGUGGCUCCUCUCAACCAGUAUUUGCUGGACCGCUUUGGCUGGAGAGGAAGUCUCUUCAUCCUCGGGGCUUUGAUGCUCAACUGCUGCGUCGCCGGCGCCCUCAUGCGUCCAGUCGCUCUGCCACCGCGCCGGCGAGACUCGCGCGCGUCGCUGAAGACGGUGGAAGAACAACGGAGUGGCAGCAACACGGAGCCUGAAGGGAGCUGCGUGAAGAAGGCAAAGAAGUUCAUAAACUUGUCUCUGUUCAAAAACCGAGGCUUCGUCUUCUACCUCAUCGGAAACAUGCUGUACAUUUUCGGCGCCUACGCGCCCAUUGUGUUCCUGCCAGUGUACGCCGUCAGUCAGGGCCUGGACAACUACUCUGCAGCGUAUCUGCUCUCCAUCAUGGGAUUCGUGGACAUGUUUGUCCGUCCUUGCACCGGACUCCUGGCCAACAGCAAGUGGAUCAGGCCCAGAAUCCAGUACUUCUUCAGUUUUGCGAUGGUGUUCAACGGCGUUUGCCACCUGCUGUGCCCGCUGCUGAACACGCACGCCUUCCUGGUGGCCUACGCCGUGUUCUUCGGCGUUGGCUUCGGGAUGGUUUUCGCCCUCAUAUUCGAGUGUCUCAUGGACUUGAUGGGGAGCCAGUGUUUCCCCAGCGCCGUCGGACUGGUCACCAUCAUCGAGUGCUUCCCCAUGCUGCUGGGACCGCCCGCUGCAGGCUUCCUGGUGGACCUCUCUGACGACCACAAGUACCUUUUCUUAUUAAUGUGUGGCUCGGUGAUCGUGGCCGCCGGGCUCUUCCUCUUCGUGGCGAAUCUCUACAACUAUCACAUGCUGGACAAGGAGAAGGCGCAAAAGGACCAGGAGCAGCAGAAGCUGAGAACUUCAGAGAACCAGGAGCAGCAGAAGCUGAGAACUUCAGAGAACCAGGAGCAGCAGAAGCUGAGAACUUCAGAGAACCAGGAGCAGCAGGUGAGCACAGCAGAGGGAGAGCGGGAGGAACAUGCAGCCGAGUCAGUGACGAAACAAACUGGGACUAAAGACGACAAUGAGGCUCAAGCAUAGAAACGCACAUCGUUCAGGACACACGUGAGGGACCAAAGAUGAAGAACUGCUGGAGCACGUUGCCAGCUGCAGGAAGACACUGUCUAUUAGAAGGUUUGUGUCACCAAGAAGAACUUGAUGAGUGAAGAUGAAAAUGGAGCAAAUGCUGCUCUGAUGGUCCAGACUCUCUGGUGACCUUUACCUCCUUCUUCUUUUCUUUUCGCUUUCACCAAUCACAUUUUUAUUGGCUGUCGUUUGAUCCUGGAUCAGUCAACCAGGAUCUGGAUCUGUUCCCGUUCAGCCUGACUUCCAUCUGUCGCCAACGUGGUUAAAGCCAACCACAACCAUUUAUUUGACACGAUGACUGACAGGAGAACAUCCAAAGGAAGAUUUAAUGAAGCGUUUUUGUUAGCGCAGAGGCUAUUAUUGUUUGCUAGGUGCUAAUCUCCGCCUACUGGUGAGAGACAGUUUUUAUUUUCUCCUCCAAAUCUGGCUUUUCCACGUUUCUCUGUGAUGUUGAAUCCAAAUCAGUUUAAUGCUCAGUUAAUCGUCCGUCUGUAAAACUGCUGGAAUAUGUUUUUUUAUCGGUUUUAGCAAAGUCACACGUUUGCUUCUGUCAUUCCUCAGCGUUUGGUUGGUUUGGUUGUAACUGCUCAGGCUGUCAUGAUUCUCCAAAUUCAAUUUUAAGGUCACGAUUCGAUUCACUCUCAAUUCUUUUAACCAUUUUUUAGCCUCGUCUCGUUCAGUGAGGAGCGCUGAGAACAUCGUUUUCACGGGGAACGCAAAAUACUUCCACACCUGUGAUUUCGGGGGGGGUUCGACUUCAGUAGAUGGGUCAAAAGAGCAGUUGCCAUGGUUACUGUGAGUUGGCAGCAGCCUCGGGUUAGCGGGAGGAGCUAACGUGUAGUCGUGCUACAAUGGCUACAAGCACAACAGUGUUUUUUCUGUCUGCAGGACGUCACAUCUAAUAACUGUACAUGAUUAAGGUGCGGAAAUUCCCUUAAAAGAUCCAAAAUCCCUUUGUAAAAACCCUUAGACUGUUCUGUUUUUUUUUACGUGCCAUUUCGUCUGUCCUCUACAUAAAUGACAUAAAACACAAAUACUGCUCAUACAUGUGUUUGUGUCAUGACCUGAACUGAAUUGAAUGUUGAACAUCACAUCAUUUAAAUUCCCCCUAAAGGUUCUAAAGACAUGAGGCUUUUCUUUAAGUAUUUAUUUAUUUUGAAGCACAUUUUCAGCCACUUUCCUGCACGUUAGUUAAAUCUGUUUGAAUGUGUCGGCAGCUUCUUAAAUACUGUGUUUCAGGUCGUUACCUUAACUGAAGAUAAUGUGUUCAUCUUCAUGUUGUUAAGCAAAAAACGAUUACAAACGGAUCAUCUGCUGAUCAGUGCGUCAUCAGCAAUCAGAUGAAUUAUUUUCUCUUCUGCUUGUGUUUGUCAUAAAUGAACUUGCUUUGUUUUCCUGAGAUAAAGAGAAAAAUUAGCCUCUCACGAUAA